GAUACUAUGGCGACCUGCAAGCACUCCCACAUUCAAGAGCAGGCACCAUUCUAAUUAAUGGCAGCUCCGGAGAACAGUGAUUUGGCUGUGUAACUCGCAUUUUCACUCAGCAUUUAAUAAGUGCAAGCUAUACCUUACUAAGGACGUGCAUAUUUUCUUGGGACAUAUUAGACUCAGAAUUGUAAUAAUGAGUGAAGCAUACAAAAUGUCAUCCACUGAAAAGAUCCAGCUACUGGAAAGAGCAUUAGCAUCAGAUCUGGCCGAGCUAAAGACAGAAAUAGAAGAAAAUGGAGUGCUGCAAGGUGCAUCUAAUCAAAUCUACAGCUCUGUUCCAAAACCCAGGGAUGUUUUUUACUUCAGAAGUGAAAGAGAGAUGAUUCUGAAGAAAGGGCUAAAGGUGGCUGGUGGAAAAUCUAUUGAUAUCCAGGCUGAUGUUAUGCAGAAAGAGAUGGAAACCUGCCUGAGGAGGGAAUACACUCUGGAGAAUUUGCCACUUCUACUGCAUCAGUUUUAUACUGACAGGAUUGAGCACUUAGUGAGAUGUAAAUACUUGCACUUGAUGAGAUGGAAGAGAUUUUGUCAGCACACUAGUGCCAUGGAACAGUGUUAUCCUGUUUACCAGAAGCAGGUUGGUUUUAUUAUGCAAGAAUACAAUGAUGCACUGCAGAGAGCACAGAGGUUGUCUGUUGCCAGAGACAAUUUAAUAGCAGGACAGAAGAAUUCUGUACAUUUAGUGACACUUGAGGACUUGGUAAUUUAUCUACAAUGGUUCAUUUGCCAUCUCCAUUCAGUGAAGUACAUACACAACUAUAUCAGGAUGCUCCAGUACUUGCCAGUCACUGACAAAGAGUCAUUUAUUGAGACCCAAUCAGAGAAGGUGAAGUCUCAGUAUGACAUUAUGUGGGGAUCUGUCUCGUCUGGUCUACAGGAGGCUUUAGAACAAGCUGGACUGCACACCAGUGAGAAGGACAUGUCACUGCCACGACACCAGACCGAAAGAGAAGAAAUAAAAUCUCUGCUUCACCACUUGUUGCCUUGCUUUAAUAUUCAGUAUGAUACAGAUCGACUCACCAGCACAAUCAGUGAAAUGGAGCUUCUCUCAUUGGUAUCUUCCAAGUUCCGAACUAUGUUCAGCAAACAGCAAACCAUGAGAACCUUUCCUGUAUAUGAUUCAGGAACAGAAACAACAGAAGGAUGGGGAUUUAAAGGCCCUAGUAUGGCAUUAAAGAAGAAAGCCAGCUGGAUUCCAUAUAUCAGGUUUAUGCCAAAACUAGAUCCUUGGCAGCAAAAAUGUCUGACAAAAUUCAAACAGAACAAAAAAGUGGAUGAACUUUUACGGCUGCAGUCACAGUUUAUAGAGAUUUCAAGAGCAGAGAAAGCAAUGGAGAUAUUACAAACACAUGCAGAAAAUAUACUUAUGCCCACCCCUGUGCAGCCAGUGUCAGCCAAAAGCAGCAUGGACAUCUGGAUAAAGAUAUACAGCCUCCCAGAUUUCCCACAGAAUGUAACCCUAAGUGAUGGAUUGUUGCCAGCUCAAAUUAGUGAGACAAACCGUGAACUUGGCCUCAGCAAACGUCCACAGUCAUCUAGACAGAAGAAAGAGACUGAGUACAGCUAUCAAAGUACCCUCCAGCUAUUAGGAUUGGAAGAGGCGGAAGACAGCAAUAAAGAUCCUGUAAUGAUUAAAGGAGCUUACCUUUCUCUACUCUACCUGCGUCACCUAAGAAUCAGGGAGUUGCAGCGUGUCUGCCUUGGAUUCCUAAAUUAUUUCCGAUCUAUCCAAAGAACGAUGACUUUUGAUACGUGUGGUCUCACUGGCAAACCAAAUAGCUUGUCUUCCAACACAGGAGAGGAUCAAUGCUGGAUAAAUGCGGCUCAGGGAGGAUCUGGUGUACCUAAUGGACUUGGUUCUCAUCUUUACAUGCAUUACACACCAGCAGAUUUCAAGGUCCAAAGUUCUAAUUUCAUGGAGUUUUCUGAAGUUGAGAAUCAGAACGACUUUUAUACAACGGAAGAUGGAAUCAUUCACACCCAGGAUCAGAGAGGGGCAUUUAUUAUGUAUGAUGUUGCUUUGGAAGAUCUACAGGAACUGCAAGAACAAUUGCUUCUUAUGGCUACCUGCUUAAUUGAGCAAGAGAAAGGAAUCAAGUCAAAUAUGAUGGAAGAAAAUGAGCUGGAUAUUUCAUCUUGGGCACAAAUAACUGUGGACCGUUUUGCAAUACUGCUAGACCUAUGGACGUGGGAGACUGCUUUUCUAGAAAACAAACAACAGCUUAUUGAUAGUUACUUUGAAGCCUACCAGCAUACCUUUGACAAAGAAGAAAGAUUUGCUUUGGUACAAGUAAUCACUGAUAUCAUGUUCCGGCGUCCUCGGUUUGACAUUGGUUCCAAGUAUUUUCUGAAGGCUUACAGUGACGAGUGCCAAUGCUUGAGGCUUCAUCUGCAGCUUGUGAGGAACAUAUUAAACAGCCAGAUAGACAGUCAAAGAGAAUUCAUUCAGAAGGUUUGGAGAAAUGGACAGGAAGGAAGUGUCUCUGAGUUUGGACUUCCACUUAAUAUUAAAACAACACCUCUUGUCUCUCUUAACAACAGUAGUUCCGCACUGAAGAAUAUUUAUCUGUUGGAGUUUCAUCCUUCACUGGGACUGGCAAAUCUUAUUUCAAAAGCUGUGGACCAUGUCUGUCAUGAGUUUCAAUAUAUAGCCCAAGCAAAGACUGCACAUGAGGCCUCCAGUGUAGAGAAACAUGUCCUACAGUUGGCAUUGGAUAAAUGGGUAGCCCUGAGAGACCCUAAGUUAUCAUUCGAUGCAAAUAUUCAGAAAGAUUUAUUUGCAGAGGUUUUGAUUGAGGACCCUCUCGUGGUUAAAGACAUCUGUCUGUCUGCCUUGGACUUAGCCGAUGAAGAUAAAAAGCAUGGAAGAAGCAAACAGAAUUUUAUUCUGGAAACGUUUGCCAAGGUUCUUGAACUUGUUACAAUUCGACAUCGAUUAAUUGAGACUUCAGCAGAAACAGUGCAACUCUCUAGGGCAUAUACCAUGUUUGCAGAAGAGAUGGGAUUCAGUGAGUCUCACUUGUACCUGAGACCAGUACACUUUGAGUUUGCCUCUCAUAAAGAUACAGUGGAACAGCCCCCCCCAACUUUCAUCACAGCAAUUCUGGAAGAUGACAGCUGCGUAGAUAAAUAUUCUCCAUCUGCCAAUCUCCUUGCUAUCCAUGAUGUGGAUGAUAACCAACUUGGAAAGUUUUCUUUUUGGACAAGGGAAGGAAUAUUACAGCUCCUCAAAAAAUCUGGUAUAGAGAAUAUGCAAGUGGUUCUCGCCUGUCAGCUCAGCCAGAGAAAUGCUCUGUUAGCAGCAGUUCAACUCGGGUCUGUUUGCUACGUGGCUCCGGUUUCACUGACGAAUAUUGACUCCAAGGAUAGCUGUUCCUUGGUGCAAAGAAGAAAAAACUCUGAGGUUGAAAAAAAUUCAUGGGCAUUAGUAGAUAGAAAGAUGUCUCUAAUGGCUCUACCUCAACAAAUGACAAAUGGCCUUCCUUUGCAGUCCUUCAGAAACAAGAAAAGGCUUCCAGAGGCGUUUGUGUCAAUCCAGUUAGAAAAAGUGGGUCCCAGGGAUGCCAUGCUGAACAUGUUUCUACAGAAAAAGCAAGCUAUGGGCACUGCAAUGAAAAAUCCAGAAGAAGUUGAAAAAGUUAAAAGAGAUCUUGUGACUAAUUACUGUCAAAGGCUAAACAAUCGAACAUGCAACCACGCCCUUCGAGGACAGAUCAUUGCUUAUUGCAACAGUUUAAAAAACCUGCUUGAAGAAGUGCCGGUCAUCAAGAAAUCAUAUUUCAUUAUAGGUCAUCCUCAAAACAAAAAAUCAGGCUUAAAGGAAGCGCCACAGGCAGACCCCAGAACAUUUAAGGAACGACCAUAUAGCUUGUUGACAGAAGAUGGACAAACUUUCCUUAAUUUAUGGUACAUCCCCUCACCAGCAGAGGUGCUAGUCAUGUUUAAAGCGUUACCAGAAAAGGCGGCAUUCCGAGCACUCUACCAAACUCUGUACAUUAUUGCUGCUGUGCAUGACAUAGUAUCCUAUAUAUUUAGCUUUGCCCAGCUUGGAAAUUUAUGCAGCAAUUACAGGCACUCAAAGCAUAAGGCACUGGCUGCAGAUUGGGGUGGAACAGAAGGCAUUGGAGCAGAGUUGCUAGAGAUACAGAAAUCAAUAGACAGCCUCAGCAAUCCCCAAGAUCCCAAAGAAGUUGCCUCGUUACUGCUUCUCAGACGGGAAGUAAUAUUUCUUCAGUUUGAGGCAGCAGUUCGCUACUUGAUUCGGGAAGCUUUCUUAUCUACUGGUAAUGUCUGUGCCUUCAAUGUAACCACAGACAAUAUGUACCAUGGCCUACAAGCCCUGAGUAAUGCUGUGCGUGCAAGUGCCUUUUCCUCUUUGCUGCCUUUGCCAGAGCCUCUCGAUCCUCACAGCCACAGAGCAUUUAUGCUUUAUCCAUGGAGGACAUUUUUAGCCAAUGGUGGCUUAUUUCCAUUGGCAAUAAGCAAUCUACAUACUCUGGGAUACCACAUGCAGUUGUGUCUGUGUGAAAUGACUGACCAAGAGCGCAGUGUAGCACAUGGGGAGCUGGUUGGUGUGAAGCUUUUAAUGGAGGAUAUUCUUCAGAGUGACAACACUUUGAUUUCCUUCACCAUUGAGGGCAAUCAGGAAUCCAAGCAGACAUCACUUGACAUGUUUAGUGCAAUCCAAGGAUCUCAGGAGCCAGUCCAGAGCACAUGUCACCAGCCGAUCCUUGUCCCUCAUGAUCCAAUUGGCGUAUUUCAGCUGCUAAAAUCCUUCUUAAUUCUGUGGAAGCAGCUGGAAAUGUUUAAAGAAAGAUGGGGGAAGCUAAAACUUCAGGUGGAGAAGAUAAACACAGUACCUCUCUAUAAACAAUUUAGUGAGCUUUAUAGAGAUGACAUUUUUUAUCCCACCAUGAAAGCUAUCGCUAGACAAAUGGGAAAAGAGGAAGAGUUUGAAGGAAUCACUUUAAGGACACAGGUUGUGCUUCCUCCAAAAGGAGCUUCUGAAGCUAAAAUCAGGAUUUGUCAGCUACACAAAAUAUUGGAAGACAUUGAGAUUCACAUGAUUCAUGAAGUAAAGAAGAAAACUGCCAAAGAGUUGACCUUGGUAAAAACAGAGAGGUCGAGAGAAGCAAGCCUUCCUACAGAGCUGUGGAAGCAAAAUGUCAUGAAGGAACAUUAUUCACCUGUAAGACCACAAAUCGUAGAAAAAUUUGUUCAGAAUCUAAUGAGCGAAGUCGAGGAACGAACAUCGCAAGUAACCUUUAGGAAAGACCAUUUAGAAGACUGCCUUAAGUCUCUUGCCUGUGAUGUAAUGGCAAGAGAAAGAAGUAACUUUGAGACCUACUCUAUGUUUUAUGAAAACCUUCUUCAUCAAGAGCAUCAGUUACUUUACCAAAAGGAGCAAGAAAUUGCAGCCAUAGAUGCAAACCAGAGGGAGAAUGAAGAAAAGUUUGGUAAGACAGCGGAAAUGAGCCAUGAGCUGUUGUUGGAAGUCACAGCGCUCAGAGCCAAACUCUCAGAUCUAGAAGAAGAAUCUCUUUCCUCCAGAGAAACCAUUAGGAAAGAAAUACAAGAAGAACAUGAGGCUUUAGUAAGGUCUUUAUUUGCGCAGUGUGUAUAUCUCAAGUCAAAACUAGAGGAAUAUUACAUUAACAUGAAGCAGCACGUAAGUGAACUUAUCAGUGGAGUCAGAAAAGAAGGAGUGGAUGAUAUAAUCUUGCUGAAGAAAAAAUAUGGUUUUACAAAGGAUUACAGUUCACUAGCCAACAGUUUGUCAAAGCAAAACAUGCUACAGUCUCUUAGAGAGGAAAACAGCAGCCUGAAUGCACUGUUCUGUAAGAUGAAAGCAUUGCACCACUGGAAAACAACAAGCAAGGAAGGACAGCUACGCAGGAGCAUUAGCAAUGCUGAAAAGGAGGCGGCUCAGAACAAAAAGGAAGGCUUGAAAUUAAAAUUGAGUGUGGCCCAAGAGGUGACCUUGUUACGCCAGCAAUUGAUGGUUGCAAGGACGAGUUUGACAAGGACGCAGGCUGAGAACAGCCAUCUGAACCAACAGUUGUGUAAGCAGAAAGAACUGCUGAGUGGGCUGGAGCACAGGUACUCUCAAGAGAUGAGAAACAGGCAGCAGGCCGAAAGGGAGAAGUCAGCCAGUGUGGACAAGCUGCUGGGAGAUAUACAGGACAGGGAAUCCAGGCUGCGUACUGUGACAGAAGAAGCUGAAAGAUCCUCCAGAAUGGGUCAAAUGGAGCAAAAUAAAAUAAAAAGGGAAGUAAAGCAGAUGAGAUCUCAGCUGAUACAGGAGCGCAGCUUAAAACUAGAUGCCUUUCACAGAGUCGACGAGCUACAGACUCAGGUCUACGAUUUGGAAAUGUUUUCUAUAAGGAAUUCAUCCACAGGUAUGAGGAAGACUUCAGCCUCUCUCUUAUCCCCCAGUGGGAGGAGCCAUUCUGCAGUCUCUUCCUCCUGGUCCUCACAAUCCACUCCUUUUGGCCAAGGUCCCAUAGGAGACUUGCAGUGUUAUGUGCCACCUGAUACCACAGCAAGUAGCCGAUUGGAAAUGAGAAUGCAGAGGCCUAAAACGGUACCAAGCAGGUGCAGAAACACAACAGCUGGGACAGGGCUUCCCACUGUGGCAGACAGCACUUCUCAGGCAAUCCUCACACAACUGCUUGACUUAAAGUUGAAUUACAAGUGACCCUUAUCCAGCCUGCAUGCAUUCUACUGCUAUGUGUCCCAUGAUACCAGACUAUUAUGGCACAGACAGUGCCUUUACUCACAUGAUCUUGAAACGUUUCUUCCCUUAAUUUGCAGGACUUUAACCGUAAAAUAAGAUUUACAUUAUACUGCAGCUAUGUUUUAUAAAGAAUUAAUGUGUCCUUGUGUGAACUAUAUGGCUAGUGUCACACUGGGCAGUUUCUCAUUGAAUUCCGCUUUGUGUGGCUGCCCUCAGGCUAACGCAGUGGCUCCAAGUGCAGCUACAACUAUAAGAUUUUUCAAGCAUAAACGUGGAUUCUUGGCCUACAUUUAUCUACAGGCUGAGAAUCCACCCAGUGAGGCAUAUAUACAUGCAGAGACAUAAAGGCGAUCUUCUAUUUUUUUGA